CCCCCCUUCCCACGCGGCAGCUGCCCGGGCCGGGGUCCUGUCACGGGCACCGAUGGCCGGCGUGAUCCGGCGGCUGGAUGAAGCCGUGGUGAACCGCAUCGCGGCCGGCGAGGUCAUCCAGAGACCGGCGAACGCCAUCAAGGAGAUGAUAGAAAACUGUUUGGAUGCUAAAUCUACGAGUAUCCAGGUAGUAGUUAAAGAAGGUGGUCUGAAGCUCAUCCAGGUCCAAGAUAACGGCUGUGGUAUCAGAAAAGAAGAUCUAGACAUUGUAUGCGAGAGAUUUACUACGAGUAAACUGCAAAAAUUUGAAGACUUGGCUAGUAUUUCUACAUAUGGUUUUAGGGGCGAGGCAUUGGCUAGCAUCAGUCAUGUUGCCCAUGUUACGGUAACAACUAAAACAGCUGAUGCAAAGUGUGCAUACAGAGCUACUUACAGUGAUGGAAAAAUUAAAGCCCCUCCAAAACCCUGUGCUGGAAACCAAGGAACUCAGAUCACGGUUGAAGAUCUCUUUUACAAUGUAAAUACAAGGAGGAAAGCUUUAAAAAAUCCAAACGAAGAAUAUGCAAAAAUACUAGAAGUUGUUAGCAGGUAUGCCAUCCAUAACUCGGGCAUCAGCUUUUCAGUUAAAAAGCAAGGUGAUACCGUGUCAGAUGUUAGAACCUUAUCAAACACCUCAACAGUGGACAACAUUAGGUCCAUCUUUGGAAAUGCUGUUAGCAGGGAACUGAUAGAAGUGGGUUGUGAAGAUGCAAGUCUGGCCUUUAAAAUGAAAGGCUACAUCACAAAUGCAAACUACUCUGUGAAGAAAUGUAUAUUUUUACUCUUCAUAAACCAUCGACUGGUAGAGUCAGCCGCUUUGCGGAAAGCCAUAGAAACUGUGUAUGCUGCUUAUUUGCCAAAAAGUACACAUCCAUUCCUAUACUUAAGCCUGGAAAUAGCCCCCCAGAAUGUAGAUGUGAAUGUGCACCCUACAAAACAUGAGGUCCAUUUCCUUCAUGAAGAUAGUAUUCUAGAGCGUGUGCAACAACAUGUAGAGAGCAAGUUAUUGGGCUCUAAUUCUUCAAGGAUGUACUUCACUCAGACAUUGCUUCCAGGGGCUGACUGUUCUUCCAGUGAGGUUGUAAAAGCAUCAGCAAACUCUUCUGCGGCUUCCAAAGGAACCAGUGAUAAAGUUUAUGCGCAUCAGAUGGUCCGCACUGAUUCCCGAGAGCAGAAAUUGGAUGCUUUUCUUCAGCCGGUGAACAACCCCCUAAGUACAGGCCCCACUGAAGCAAUGACAGAGGUUAAUGCGGGACCUCCGGAGGGUGUGGUCAGGCCACAGGAUGCUGAAAUGGAAGAUGUCAGUGAUCUAGUUGAAAUAGCUGACGUUCAGGAGGACACAGUGAUGCCUGGGGGGUUGAGUGAGAGUGGACGCGUGUCUCCUGAGACAGUGCCUCCUCGAAAGAGACCACGGGAAGACGUGGACAUAGAAAUGGAGAAAGAUGACACCAGAAAGGACAUGACUGCUGCCUGCACCCCUAGAAGAAGAAUUAUCAACUUGACCAGUGUAUUGACUCUACAGGAGGAAAUUAGUAACCAGGCACAUGCAAAUCUUCAGGAGAUGUUACAUGAUCACUCAUUUGUUGGCUGCGUCAGUCCUCAAUGGGCUCUGGCCCAGUAUCAGACAAAGCUGUAUCUUCUCAAUACAACAAAACUAAGUCAAGAACUCUUCUACCAGAUACUUAUUUAUGACUUUGCAAACUUUGGAGUCUUAAGGUUGUCUGAGCCAGCUCCUUUAUAUGAGCUUUCAAUGCUUGCUUUAGAGGAUCCUGAAAGUGGCUGGACAGAAGAAGAUGGCCCAAAAGAAGGGCUUGCUGAGUACAUUGUGGAGUUUCUGAAAAAGAAGACUGAAAUGUUGAAAGAUUAUUUUUCUCUUGAAAUUGAUGAGGUAAACUGGGAUGAAGAAAAGGAGUGUUUUGAAAGCCUAAGUAAAGAAUUAGCUAUGUUCUACUCCAUUAGAAAGCAAUAUAUAAUAGAUGAAGCCAACCUGACAAACUCUCAGAAUGAAGAUUCUGACUCUGGUUCAACAACAUGGAAAUGGACUGUGGAACAUGUACUUUACAAAGCUUUCAGGACUCAUCUUUUACCUCCUAAACACUUCACAGAAGAUGGCAACAUUUUGCAGCUUGCUAACCUGCCUGACCUGUAUAAAGUUUUUGAGAGAUGUUGAGCAAGUAGUUAUAGACUGGUGUGUAUCUAAAAAACAUUCGUGCUACAUUCUGUUUUACUUAGUAGAGGAUAAAGCUGGAAUCUUGAUGGAGGAAAGAAAAAGAGGGUAUUUAAUAUCAUACUAAUGUGAUAGCAAAUGGUCUAUUUUCCUUCUGUUGAUCAAACAAUAAAAAGAAUUUUUAGCUAUGUCUAAACCCAACUGAAGCUCCUAAAAUAAAAUUUCCACUUAUGCUUUGAGUUUCACUAUUAAGCAAUAUGCUAAUAGAAUACAACUUCUACUGAAGAAAAUUAAUUGGGUUAAGUAAUUGUGAAAGGAGAUAGAGCUUAACUUAAUUGAAAUGUGAGUGCUUUAACUUAGCUUGCUUCUUGAAAGCGAUAUAGGUUGGUUACCUCCUUUUGUUUUAAGAAUGACCAUCAUGUGACAGUACCUGCUAUGUGAAUGUAGAUGCAAAGCACUUAAAAUCAUCUGUUACUGCAGGAGCUAGUCUUGUAAUAUUUCAGACUCCUUGCUCACAUAAGGCAAAUCCCUUCCCUUUUAAUCAAGGAGUCUGAAAAUGGAAACAGGAAUCCUCUGACAGAUAGCAAAUGAGCACUGCAUGCAUGACAUCUGUUUCAAGGAAGAGUUGCAGCUGACAAUCUGACUACCAGCUCCAACCUGAGAGGAAGCCGUUAGUCUUGCUCAGCCAGGAAAAAAAUGCUUGAGCUUUAAUUUGACCCCUGAGAAAACUUGAAUUGUCACAAGGAGGCCCUUGGUGCCACUCUGUAGCUUCAAUGGUGUAGUUUAGAAGAAGUGAACUAGAAGCAGAUGUGCUCUCCACCAUACACCAAAGGAGGUUUUAGCAGAUGUGCUGCACAUGUGAAUGCUCUCAAAACCCCCAAAGUAUUCUUUAUCUUCAGAAUACGCACUGUAAGAACAACUAAUCAAGACCCUUAUGGUUUCUUCUGUAUAAAUAGACAAAAUGAAUGCAGAGUGUCAGCAGCACAGACAAGGAUCUGUGAUCACUGAACUACAGCUGUCUCCAAUUUAAUGAGUAGGCUUAGGGAGACCUGCUACAUACAAGGCUGCUUCUCAACAGGGAAAACAUUUUUCUAAGUCCAAGAGGCAUCUAGCAUCCAAACCAAAAAAGAAAGCAAGCUUCAGUUUUGCACUGUGAAGAUACCUGUUCCAUUUGAAAGAAGCUCUGGUACAAGCAGAAGCACUAAUGCUCUGGAUUGCAAAGGUCCCAAAACCUGCCUUGCUUUGAGAAAUACUCCUGAAGGGCAGCAGUUUGCAACAGGAAAGCAUCUGAUACGAGUCCAAAAGGAGGGUUCCUCUCAUAGGCAGCUGCUGGCCUCAAGCAAAGUCUAACACAGGGCCAGCAUGACUUCAGAUACUUCAGAGUUGUCACUGCAGGUGCUGCUCAUUUCCCACUUGUGAUGUCCCAGCUUGAAAGAGUGGACACUGUCCAUGUAGCAUUAGCAUUCACUGUCUGUAGAGAGCAGGCUAUGGACAAAACCCACACUGUUCCAGAAGGCACCUUCUUCCUUGUCCUCCCCUCUUUGAUGGCAAUACUGUCAAUGAGAUGACUGGAGUGUCAUGUCUUCCUGAGCCAGUGAGACCAGCAAAGGGGAAGUGGAUACGUGGCUCGCCCUGCACAGAGUAUAACAACUGAGCAACCAACAAAAUGAAAUUUGAAGUGAGGAACUGGCUUGAGUUGGCCUCGAUCCACAUAUUACUUCCUGGUGAUGGGGGGCACCAUGAUGGUGGAGCGUUUAAGGAGUGGUAAUGGGAAUCACAUUUGUAUUGUGAUUCCACUGUAUAUUGCCCUUGCUAUAGUGUGCUUGUCUUGUCAUUUUGGCAUACUGCUGUAUCACUCCUCUAGAUCCAAGUCACAUGUAAUGCUUAAUAUACCAAAUAAGUAAAUUUGAUAUUAAACAUGAAAAGCUCCCUCUGUGGAACAUCCAAAAGAACCCGUUUAGAGAGUAUUGGACUCUGACAUGUGUACAUGUGAGAAAUGUCUAUAGACAUGCACAGACAUGCUUAAAUAUAUGUUAAGUGGUGUGUACUCUCAUGCCAUGUAACAGUUUCAGCUCCUGAUGAUGCCAUUCUGUGGGUUUCCGAGCCCCCGCAAAACUAACAACCCAGAAAAUCGUAAGUGUAUUUUAAGUUAUGUUCAUUUUUUCCCUUUUUUGGUACUUAAUGGAAACCUGAUUACAUAGUGCCGAGUUUCUGGCACAAAAUGAAAAAUACUCGUAAUAAGGCUGAAACAGCUUUUUGUUAAUCUAUAUUCACAUAGUUCAGAUAAUCAAGUUCAGAGCUUGAAGCAACCUGAUACAGGUUAACUGUCUUCCUAUGGGGAAAAAAAUGCAGGAAACUUUUCUUGCAAAAUGUAUUUUGAAGUUAAGAUUGCAAUAAAUCAUCAA